UGGGCUUUCCACCCUCCCGCACAAUACGCUGCCCUAUCAUCUGUACCCGAUCCGGCGCUUCGAGCCCGUCUCUUUUGAUGCACAAUGAUGCGCUCUCCGUCCUCGACUCGACGUCAAUCUCGCAAGACCCGCUCCGCAAUGUCGAACGACGCCCAUCGACCAGCAACCGCACCCCCGGCGUCGCGGGCCAAGAGCGCCAGCUCGGCUUUUGCUCCAUCUCGAACGUCGACCUUAGCCCGUCCUGAAACGGCUCCGCCACGGCAAACUGGAAGCGGCCCCAAGAGGGACUUGAGCUCAUACGAAUGGACCGAGGUCUUGGGCUCGGCACUGGUUCGGGAAUAUCUGGCUUCAAAAGGAUACAAGCGCACUUUGGAUGUACUCGUCGUGGACGAAGGACAGAAGGAACAUCUCGUGUCCAGUCGCUCUGAGCUUGUGAAGAAUCUCGGCAUCGUCAAGCUCGUCAAGCAGAACAUUCAGUCUGAAUCUCCCUUCAAAUCCUUCAUCGACAUCAUCGUCAAUUAUUUACGCACCCGCCUCUCCAAGCACGAGUUUGCCUCCGAGACCGAGGCCGACGAAAAGUACGCCCAGCGGAAGCCGUCCGUGGCCUUUACGAUAUCGGAGCCCUCCAAUUCGCCCAUCGAGAAGCAGAGCGUAGCCAGUCGCAGGCCCCCCACGGCGAGUGAGACUCUGCUAAAGUCUCUCCAAGGCACCGCCACCACCACUACCGACGAACGCGACCGCAUCGAUUCUCGCACUAUCAAGAACAUCGACUUGCUCGGCACCUUCGACAACCAGAAUCCACGCAUGGUCGCCCCCAAAAAGGAGUCCAAUACUCGAGAAGCCGGCCCAAGGGCCAAGGUCGCCGCCAGCGCCAAAGCACAGACCAUCGGCAGCAGCUUGGGCACCCCGCCUCUGCCGUCAAAGCAGGGCCGCUCGCACGUCAGGCUGUCGUCAAACGAAGACUCCUCCGACACGCCAAAGUCAGAAGGUCCCAGGGCGUUUUCGGAUCGCAGCACGAAGGGUGUCCAAAGCAAAGGGGACGUGCGGGUUCUGGACGACCUCGUCGAGCUGGAUCUCACGGCGGAAGAAGACGGAAACGCCGGCAGCUUCCUGGCCGGCUUCUCUACCAGCGUCGGCGCUCGCGGCAAGCUCAUCACGACGCAGCGGGCCCUCGCUCUGCGGUGCCUGGUCUUUCCAGGAGAGAAAGGCCGCGCAACCUUCACAGAGGAGUGGAAGGGCAAAGGCUUUGUCUUCAACACGUCGGUGGCGGAUCUGGCGUAUGGAUUAGUUCAGUCCAAGGGCGGUCCAUGCGGGCUGCUCGCCGCAGUCCAGGCACUGGUGCUCAAGCACCUCAUGUUCUCGGAGCACGGCUCGGCGACCCGGUCCGGGCGACUUCGCCCCACAUUUGUCAACUGCCGGACGGCCUUGAUCGAGGGCAUCACUGAGAUCCUGUGGCAGGCCGGAGGUCUUCGCCACCGGAGAGCGGUUGUCGCUCUCUACAAACCAAACGCACGGCUGGGGCUUGCUGCAACCAACACCGCCAUCGGCUCUGAUCGAUAUCUGCCCGACGGCAUCACCGAGAACCUCGAGCUCCACGAGUUCUCCGACCUCAACACUCUGCGUGAAUUCAUCACCGAAAGCAUUGGCAGCUUCACAGUCAACGAUCCUGGCCAGCACGGCAUCAUCCAGCUCCUCUAUUCUGUGAUUCUCAGCCGCGGUGUUGAGACCAUCCGAGACGAAGACAUGGAUGAGCGAGAGUCCCGUCUCAUUGGCAAGCACGGAUACUGCACGCAGGAAAUGGUCAACUUGAUCCUGCUUGGACAAGCGACCUCGAACGUAUUCGACGGCGACUACAACCUCGACGAAUACAAGAUCCUCAAGGGCAUCAAGCGACCGUGCCAGUUCGGCUUCCUCACUCUGUUUGAACACUACGGCUCCAUCAAGGUCGGCGAGUAUCUCAAGCACCCCAUCUACCCUAUCUUUGUAGUCUCCUCCGAGUCGCACUUCACCGUGCUGUUCUCAACAGAUCGCGGGCUCCUCAUCAAGACAUCGCCGUCAAGCACGGGUGGGCCGCCGGCGCUGAAGGUCUUUGAUCUGACUUACUACGACGGCUUGGCCAACCAGGACCAGGAGAUUGUGCUUACCGUCUCGCUAAACAGUCCGCCGACGGCGACGGCUCCGCGGCGCUCCCUGGAAGGCGAUCUCGUGCCGCCGCUUGAGCACUGCAUCCGAACAAAGUGGCCUGGAAGCACCAUCUCCUGGAACGGAUACGAUCCGAUCUUGUAGCAUCCACCAAGCGAAAGGAUGGCGUCUGGCGGCUCGGGCCAGUGUUCACGCUGUUUGCGUCCUGAAUACAUGCACACAUGCGCGUUCGGGAUCCAAAGAAGGCCACUGUGGAAACUCUGUCCGGGUGUCCCGGUCCAUUUCUUGACGUUGUGAUGCGCGCGGGUAGAACAAAGCGAGAAAGAAGAAA